AUGAAACCUACUAUUGAUGUGGACUCCUUACGAACGGAACACGAAUCUGAUGAGCAAUGGGAAGUGAGACGAAGCUUCAUGAUGGAGCAUAAAGAUAAUUUCGAAGAAUCCGAAUUAAUAACUCUAGCACAACUGUUCACAAACAUAGAGUUUCUGGGAUGCAGAUAUCCUCAACAGACUAUGAAAAGGAUCGCAAAACUAGCAGAGAAAGUGUCGGCACAAUAUAAGAAGACGAGGGAAAACAAAUUGAAAAGGACAUUUGUACAAGCGAGUGACGCGGCUGAACAGAAAGCUAAAAGAACAUUCAAAUAA